AUGGAGAGAGGAUGGAAACCUAUGGUGGAAAUAUCACCAAAUUGUCCAAGGUGUGGCUCUUCCAAUACAAAGUUUUGUUAUUACAACAACUAUAGUCUUACCCAACCUCGCUACUUUUGCAAAGGUUGUCGUCGCUAUUGGACCAAAGGCGGUUCCCUCCGUAAUGUUCCUGUUGGUGGGGGUUGUCGGAAGAAUCGACGUUCGCCAAAGCCGUUAACCCUAACCCCAUCUCCCUCAAACCCUAAAUUACACCACACCAACGAUAGUGAUUACCAACGACACCACUGUGAUCUCUCUGGCUCCGACGUAUCACCAACCAUCGACUUGGCAGUCGUCUACGCCAACUUUGUGAACCAGAAACCAGACACGCGCGAAACUAUACCAACAACUAAUACCACAUCGAACGCAGCUGGUCACUUUCCUGUUUCCGGUGAGAGUGGGGUGGUCGGAUGUGGGAAUUUUUGUGAGUUUUCCAUGCAGGAAUGUGGAUUGGGGGCCAGUGAUUAUCAAGUGGGAGGUGGUUGCUUUGGGUUAGAGGAGAGUAAUAAUAAUAAUGAAAAUCAAGUGGAUAACAUUGAAGUGGCGGCGCGUGAGCUUCAAUUGCCGCCGUUGCCGGGGGAGGACGUGGUGGAAGCAUGGGGAAAUUCUAUGAUAAUGGUGAAUAAUCAUCAUCGUUUGCAACCAACAAGAGUAGAAAUGUUUGAAGACCCAAAUUUGCUGAGUGGUAAUUGGAGCCCUAUUGAUUUGUCUAAUUAUGAUACAUUCUCAAAAGGCUUAACAAAUAUGCAUAUAUAA